AUGACGCAUUUUAUGACUGGAAGUGGCACUACUUCGUGUAAAUUUUGUACCUUGUCACUGAACAUCUUUACUGAUGAAUUUGAUUUUGGCGAUGCCAUAAAAGCUUUGGAUUUGACGGAACAUGCGAUGAGAUUCGUUGGAACAUGGCCUCCAAAAAAUUUUCAACCAAUUUUUCUUUUCUUUCUUAUUUAUCUCAUAGUACAUUGUACUUUAGCUAUAAUCGAAAUUGCAGUUAACAUAACCAACAUGGGAUAUGUCAUAUCUUGCUUAAUGGAAAACGUAUUUAAUGUAGUUGCUCUUUUGAAAAUAAGCAUUUUUUUGACAAACUCAUCAUACGGAUAUCGAUUACCAUACAAAGUUUGGUUAUUAAAGGAACCAACGAACAUAGUAACCUACGUUUGCCUUUGUUUUUAUCAAUUUUUAAUUAUACCUUCCAUUGUAUUUGGUUACAUUGGUACGGAUUGUCUUUUCGUUAGUUUGGUACUUCACGUAAGUGGAUUGUUUUCUGCACUUUCCUACAAAGUCAAAUAUGUAUUGAACGAUACGUGCGAUCGUGAAAAACGUCUAAAACAACUGAUUAUUAGGCAUGUACGUUUGAUAAGAUUAUCGGAAUUAUUAGAAGAGGAUUUCAAUCUUGUAAUUUUAUUACAACUGAUAGGAAGUAUUUUACAAUUUUGUAUUGUUGGUUACGAUGCACUCGUGAGCUCCGUCUUAAGCGACGCAUUAUAUCUGUGCGAAUGGUACAACAUUUCAAAAGAAGAGAAAAAAUUAAUGCACAUUUGCAUGUUACGAUCGACUAAAGAAAUGCGUUUGACUUCGGGGAAAUUUUUUGUAUUAUCACUGACCACUUUCACUGACGUCCUGAAAACGUCGAUGGCUUAUUUUUCAGUCCUACGAACAUUUGUAUGAACGAGAAAUAACAUGGCAGAAUUCACAAUUAUAUAUAUUUUAUACACAAACACACACACACAUGUACACAUACA